AUGAGGGUGUAUUUUUAUGUUUCCGGAGCUGUUGAUUUUGAAAAUGACCUCCAUUUUAAGAUUAGGCCACCGCGUUUCGACUUAUUUGAGUUUUUCGGAUUUUUUUAUAUGAGGUUACACUGGUUUGUGAAAAUGUAAUUAUUUAUAUAUGAAAUCAUCAGUUUUGUGAGUUUUCUUUUCUUUUUUUUUUUUUUUUUAAUUUAUUUCGUGAAUAUCUUCAAAUUACCUAAUAUUUUUCCAUCUUCUGAUGCUUAAUCUUCGAUAUUGUUUUUUCUUCCUCAUAAGUCUUUUAUUUUAUAUCCAAAAUUUAUAAG